CAGUUGUGAGCAAAUGCAGGCAGCUCUGGGCGACCUGGACCGUGUGAAACGUGUUGUGAAGCUCAACGUCUUUGUGAAUUCCGCACCAAGUUUUACGGAGCAGUCGUACGUUGCCAAUGGCGCCUCUGACCUUAUUCUAAGUGUGUUCGGGGAGGAGGUUGGUCGACAUGCUCGGUGUGCAGUGGGGGUGGCGCAGCUGCCGUUUGGGGCCGCCGUUGAGGUGGAUGCGUUGGUGGAAUUGAAUAAUUAA